AACGCCGAGCUUCAACAAGCCUCCGAGUCAUCUACGAUCAAUCAACGAGUCAACCAGCGCCCGAUCUCCGGCCCAUCAUCGCCCGAUCUCCGGCCAGCCGCAAGGCUCACCGUGUUCUUCGCUGCGCGCCGGCCGCAACAUCGAGAUCAAUCUCAUCGAGUUCAUGAAAACUCCAUGUCCAACUAAGUCGAUAUGUCUACGCCAAGAGAUCCACGUGGAACACAAAGCAAUAUGUCUACGCCAAGAGAUCCACGUGGACCACAAAGCGAUAUGUCUAUGUCAAGAGAUAUAGGCCGAGCACAUAGCGAGAUGUCUACGCCGAGAGAUACAUGCGGACCGUUAAGCGAUAUCACCAACGUCACAGAUGAGGCCUCGCGGAAGAGGGAUCAAAGGAAUAUGCAGCAGCGGAAACGUCGAGCUGAUAUGUCCAUCGAACAAAGGGAAGAGAUUAAUAGGAAACAACGUGAAUACCGACAGCGUAAGAAGGCCGCAACCCAAAAUAGUAGCACUUCUGCUACUUUGACUGAAACAAUGUCAUUAACUUCAUUAACGAUGGAUAUUGACGAAAAUGCUGACCCAUGUGAUGAAAACACACCAAUUAUUUUGGGCAACAACAAUAUCCAAAAAGAUGCAGAUGGGAAUCAGAGCCAUGUUGGCGUUGGCACAUCGACAACAAGAGGCAGUGCACAAUCUGAAGUCAACGACAAUGAUGUCCUAGACAGUGCUGAUACUAGGAGGGAAGAAAAGAAUGCACGACAACGGAAACGAAGAGAUGAUAUGACUGAUCAACAAAGGGAGGAGAUUAAUAGGAAACAACGUGAAUAUCGAGCGCGUAGGAAGGUUGCAAUGCAAAAUAUUACCACCACCUCUGAUGUGUCUCAAAUAGUGCCAGCAUCCUCACCUACAGGUGAGUAAUAUCUUUAAUUUAUGCAUUUCAUCAACCAUGUAAUAUAUCAUGA